CCCGGUCUCCCAUGCCGUAGUCGAGCCUCCACUCUCUGUAUCUCCCUCUCCCUCCCUCGCUGUCUCGCUCUCUCUCGGCCGUCCGCAGCAGGGGGUAUAUAUUCCUCCCCACCCCGCGCAUUCACUUUCAUCCUUUCGUUGUAUCUCACCAUCCCGUCCACUGUCUGCGCCCACAGACACAUCAAACAUCCGGAACCAUGGCAGACGAAAAGAUUGAGCCGGCGACCCACCAUCAUGAUGCCGCCAUCGCCGAACAUCGCGGCGGCGUGGCCCAUGUCGACCUCAACAAGAAUGUCGAGGCCAAGAUCCAGAACCCAUUGGCCGAUAUUCCUCGCGAGCAGCUGAUGCGUGACGUCUCUGCCUUUGCGACCGAGCAUGGCCUGGAGGAGGCUACGGGACUGCUGCAGCGGGGCGCUCUGGUUGCCCAGGAUCCGGCAAACUUCGAGUCCGUCAAGGAGCUCACCGAGGAGGAGAAGGAACAUCUCCGCUUCGAAAUCUCACACAAGUGGAAGCACCCCAACGCACUGUACAUGACCAUCAUCAUCUGUUCGAUCGGAGCUGCUGUCCAAGGAUGGGAUCAGACUGGUUCCAACGGCGCAAACCUCAGUUUCCCCAAAGAAUUCGGUAUCGGCCAUGGCGAUGACCCAACUCAACCCAACCACGACAGGGACAAUUGGCUCGUGGGCUUGGUCAAUGCCGCCCCUUACAUCGGAUCUGCUUUCAUUGGAUGCUGGCUCUCGGACCCCAUCAACUUCUACAUCGGACGUCGCGGUACAAUCUUCAUCUCGGCCAUUUUCUGCUUGAUUACACCUAUCGGAGGAGCAAUCUCGCGUUCAUGGGAACAACUUUUCAUCACACGUAUUCUAAUGGGUAUCGGAAUGGGCCUGAAGGGCGCUUGCGUUCCAAUUUUCGCUGCCGAGAACGCACCCGCCGUCAUUCGUGGAGCUCUGGUCAUGAGUUGGCAAAUGUGGACAGCAUUCGGCAUCCUUCUGGGUUUCUGUGCCAAUCUAGCCGUUUUCGAUGUUGGAAAGAUUGCCUGGCGCCUGCAAAUCGGUUCUGCAUUCAUUCCCGCUAUCCCUCUCACGGUCGGCAUAUACUUCUGCCCGGAGUCGCCUCGCUGGUACAUCAAGAAGAAGAGAUACCAGGAUGCUUACCGCUCCCUCAAGCGACUCCGAAACUCGGAACUUCAAGCAGCUCGUGAUCUGUAUUACAUCUAUGCACAGUUGGAGGUUGAGUCCGCCAUCAUCGGCAAGACCAACUACGCGACAAGAUUCAUCGAGCUCUUCACCGUUCCUCGUAUCCGCAGAGCUACCCUGGCCGCCUUCACCGUCAUGAUUGCCCAGCAGAUGUGCGGUAUCAACAUCAUUGCUUUCUACUCCUCCACGAUCUUCGUUCAGGCUGGUGCCUCCAACAAGGAGGCCUUGUUGGCUUCUCUCGGUUUCGGAGCGGUGAACUUCGUUUUCGCAUGGCCUGCUAUCUUCACCAUCGACACGUACGGACGACGAACACUGCUGCUCUUCACCUUCCCUCAAAUGGCAUGGACACUUCUCGCUGCUGGUUUCUGUUUCUACAUCCCGGAGGGAAGCAAGGCGCAUCUGGGGCUCAUUGCGUUCUUCAUCUUCCUGUUCGCCGCUUUCUACUCGCCCGGUGAAGGACCCGUGCCCUUCACCUACAGUGCCGAGGUUUUCCCCUUGUCUCACAGAGAGGUUGGAAUGGGCUUCGCCGUCGCCACUUGCCUGUUCUGGGCGGCCGUCCUUUCCAUCACCUUCCCACGAUUGCUAGCCGCAUUCUCGCCGGUUGGUGCCUUUGGCUUCUAUGCCGGACUGAACGUGUGCGCGUUCGUCAUGAUCUUCCUGCUCGUUCCCGAGACCAAGCAGAGGACACUUGAAGAGUUGGAUUACGUCUUUGCCGUUCCUCUCAGAAAGUUCAUGAGCUACCAGACUACCAAGGCUUUGCCGUGGUGGGUCAAGCGCUACAUCUUGAGGAACAAGACUGCGAGACUUGAGCCGCUGUACCACUUUGACCGUGGUGUCGAAGGUCGCGAGAACGACACCGACUCGGAAAACAAGGAAUGAUUCACGGACUUUUAGAAGCAUGAUCUGGACCUGGUUUUUUUGUUGUUUGCGACUUUUUAAGAAGGCGAUGUUGUUUUUCUGAAGAGAGCGAAUAUAGUAGUAGUUUACUUUGCCUUGCUUGACGAUUUACGAAGUGAAUAAUCAACUAUUGCCCCACUCUUGUGAAUCGGGUGAUGAUGCUUACGCGUGGUGAGACGUGGUGAUGAGAAAAUAAGCUCGUGCUACCUGCCGCUCGCGUAGGACGCUGCAUGGCUUGGUGAGCUCACGAUCGAACUACGAGUCGAUGGUUUGCCCAGGCUCUUGGAGGAUCAGUCGAGCUCCU